AUGAGUAAGGAAGAAGAAGACCCUGAUGUACUCACGAAGCACCUUAUUGAUGCCGUAAGGAGCGGGAACGUCGAGGCGACUUCGACCGCCCUCUCCCGCGGGGCCGAUCAGCACCUCACCCUUCCUGAAGACGACCCCGAUGACCCUGGAGGAUCCUUGUUGACCCUGGCGGCAAGGUUAGGUCACGCCAGCGCCGUAUCGGUUCUUCUGGAGGCUGGGACACACGUAGACCACAGAGGACAUGGCUCCAGGACGCCGCUCUACCGCGCUGCUUACAUGGGGCACGCGGACAUCGUGGAGAAACUGGUGGCAGCGGGAGCAUACCUGGAGGCACAGGAGGCCGACUUUGGUCAGUUAUGUAUUUCGAAGAAUGUCCCAACUGAUCAUGUUAACUGUCAAACGUCAUCGAUUGCAGCUUGCACGCCUCUACACGUGGCAGCUCAGCAAGGUUACGCCAGCUGCAUCCAGAAGCUUGUGGAUGCUGGAGCAGACAUGUAUGCUCGGGAUAUCUGGGCCAGUAUACCAUUACAUCGUGCUGCCAUGAACAACAAACCUGCGGCCAUCAUACAACUUAUUGAGUGCGGUUGUGAUCCCCAAGUCAAAAACAAGUUCGGAAAGACAGCGUUGCACUUUGCUGCUCUUGGUGGUGGCCUGGAGUCGGCAAAGGUCCUUGUGAUGAAUAAUUUGAACUAUCAUGAGAAGGAUGGCCAGGGAUUUUCAUCCCUUGACAUAGCGAGAGUAUACAGUCAUCACGAAGUUGAGUGGCUCUUCGUCUCCGGUCUCUCCUUUGACAAAUAUUGUGGACACAGUUACGUCUUCACUAAUUUUCCUGAUAUGGUGUGUUUCCUGUGA